GAUCUAGACACAAGACAAGAAUGCACUUAAGUAGUUUUUUACUAAAAAACAAACAAACAAACAAACAAACAAAAAACACAUUUAUUUGUCAAUAGUUAGCAAAGAGUUUUAUCCCCCUAACUGGAUAUCACAUGUUCUUGACCACAGUGGUACCUUCUGACAAUAAAUGCUCAAAAACAGAAGUUCACAGCAUUGCAACCCACUGGAAGUAUCAGCAUCUAACAAUCUCACAUUUAACUCCAACAGACUGAAAAUGUCUAAUGGUAAUAUGGGCAUUCAACAUGAGAUGGACAGAGAAGAUGAAGAAGAGAUGAAUAUCUAUAUUAAUGUGGAUCCUAUAAACUGUUCUGAUGUCAGGACAGAAACCGAGAACUCUGACACCAGGAGACAACAGACACCUCAACACACAGGUACUGAGACUCUUCAUUAUAACACACACAUUUGAGUCAUAUGAGCAAUUAACAAUUAUCUUCAUAUGUGUGGUGUUCAGGAAGUGAUACUGUGAGGAACAGAAGCUCCAGAGCAUCUUCAGUGUGUUUGGUGCUGCUGUGUGUCCUUCUGCUGACUGCAGUCAUAGUGCUGUGUGUCCUCAUCCAUUCAAAGAGCACAAACUGCUCUGAAGAGACACAUCAGCUACUAACCCAGAUCACCAACCUCACAGAAGAGAGAGAUCAGCAACAAAAUGAGAAAGACCAGCUACAAAUCAAGAUCACCAGCCUCACAGAAGAGAGAGAUCAGCAACAAAAUGAGAAAGACCAGCUACAAAUCAAGAUCACCAGCCUCACAGAAGAGAGAGACGAGCUACUAACCAAGAACAUGCAACUGGCAAAAGAGAGGGAUGGAUUAUCAUCAACUAACCUUGACCUGAGUAAACACAGAGACCAGUUAAAUAAGGAGAAAAAUGAACUGUCAAAAAGUCUUCAAGAAAUGGAUGAAUGGAUUUACUAUAAAUCCAGUCUUUACUUCAUUUCCACUGAAAACAAGAGCUGGACUGAGAGCAGAAGAUACUGUACAGAGAGAGGAGCAGAUCUGAUCAUCAUAAACAACAGAGAAGAACAAGGCUUUGUUAAGAAAAUAUCUGCUGGUGUUAACGUCUGGAUUGGUCUGACUGACGGAGAUGUGGAGGGCAGAUGGAAAUGGGUUGAUUCCAGCACACUGACCGCUGGGUUCUGGGCGUCUGGAGAGCCCAAUAGUUAUGGUGGAAUCAAUGAAGAUUGUGCUGUAAAUUAUGAACCAGGAUGGGCUGAUUAUCCAUGUAAUCAUCUUAUGCAAUGGGUCUGUGAGAAGGUCAUUAUAUGAAUCAUAUUUAUGUCAAAAAAUACAUAAAGGUAUUUUUUAAUGGCUGUUAGGACAGACGUCUGCUGCUUCUUACAGUCUGCCAUGUGUAACUGCAUGUGUUCAAUGUUCAAGAAGAGAUACUCAAUAUCUUUGUGUCACUCAUGGGAUUAGAAAUAAGAAGUCAUUUCCUAGUUCAGUCCAUUCAAAUGAUGAUGAUAGAAAUGUCUUCAACUUCAUCCGCUUUUCUUUUAUUUUUAAAACUAUUUUAUAAAGUCUUGUUGUUAUAUGAAGGUCACAUUAAAACUUUCUUGGAAACUUU